GGGUACCAUAAAAUGGCGGAAUGUGUUGUUGUGAAGUUUGGCGGGGAUAGAGGUGUUAGUUACGGUGACGAUGGUAACAGUAAUUUGCAAGAUGAAAUGCACAACAGUACAUCAUACCAGACAUUCGGGAUUUACCACGCUGUGUGUAUUGCGUUGUCAAUCGUGACUUACGUCGUUGACGUUGUACUUCAUUGCUGGUUGGCAUACUUUUAUUUAACUCAAGGACAUGGGGCGUAUUUUGCGUAUUUCGGUUUAACAGUAACAUUUUUAGUGGUGCCAGCACUUAUUUCAACCGCGUUCAGCAUGCGAUGGUACAUAAAUGAUGUGGAUGAACCAUCAUUGCCUAAACCACCACUGUGGAAAUGGGUGGUGAGGAUAAUAAUGCUGCUUCUACAGUUAGCUCCACUACUUAGGUAUUUUGACACAUUGUCAUAUGGAUGCCGGAGUGUGAUUGCUGGGAAGUUGGGAAAUGGGAUCAGACAGCAAAAAUUGUACAGAAUAAUGCUAGAUGAAGACUCUGAUGCUUCCUUGUUAAGACUGUUCCACUGUUUCCUUCAUUCUUUUCCACAAGCAGUACUUCAGCUUAUGAUUCUGCUUUCGGCUGUAAACAUCCAAGAAACGAGCCCAGUUCAAGGUCUCCAGUCUUGGGCUGUUGCGUGCUCUUUAAUAUCUAUUGCCUGGUCACUCACCUCUUACCAUCGAUCUGUAAGGUUUGCCAGAGAUGAUAAAGAAAAAUUGGCAUGGCAAGGAGCUGUGAUGCAGUUUUGCUGGCAUCUGUUGAGUGCAGUGUCACGUGUUCUGGCUUUGAGUCUACUGGCUGCGCUCUAUCCUGCCUGGAUGGGGAUGGUCUGCCUGGCUCACUGGAUGGUGAUGUCAGCGUGGCUGGCUCUGAGCCACCAACCUACUGCAGUCUGUACCAGCCGCUGCGAGGAGUUGCUCUUUAGUGCUGCUCUGGGAUUUGCAUAUAUUUUGACUUUUGUGGCCCCACGUGAUGGACCGACUAGAUAUUCGUACCUUGCAUAUUACUUGGUGUUCUUUAUGGAAAACACUGGUGCUCUUGUUGUGUGGUGUGUUUCAAGCAACUCCGCACAAAAUCCUAUCCUGUACUAUGGAGCCGUUGUUGUCCAGACAACAGCUUUUCUUCUUGCCAUUUUUUUUAUGCUUACGUAUUAUCGACACUUCCAUCCAAGUGGAACUACUAUCAGGCUCAGCAAAAGCAUUGCUAUUACGGAUCCGGGAACAGAGCUGAAACGUCGGACUACGAACCAAUGAAAAGUUAACAGUUGGUGUUUACCUUGUUAUGUGAUCUGAAGCUAUGUCGCGAAAAUACAGUAUUUAUGUAUAUAAGAUUAACAGAUAUAUAUGUAUACAUAUAUGUAUAUUUUAAAUAUUUGAAUUCUCAAAGUGGAUUGAUAAUUUUGAUAUGGUGAGUUGAAGCACAAUUCAUGUCUGACUGCAACAAAAUUAAGGUUUACAGUUCCUUGUAAAUUAUGAAAAUAAUUGCUUUUGCAUAACCACAUGGAAGCAUUCAUUUUUUAAUACAAAGUAUUGCCUUUUAUGUUCUGCAGUUCUUUGAAGAUAUGAAACAGUGUUAUAUACUUUCAUUUUUCUAACUGAAAUGUAAUCUUUUUCUCAGCUUUUCAAUACUUAUUUUUAGAGGAUCUUUUUCUUUAUUUUUGUAAGCUUUUUUAUAGGUGAGGAUAUAGUUAAAAUUUUAUAUUAACUUCUGCUCCUUGGAAAGAUUACAAGACUAAAUCAUGGGUGUUUCUAAAAUUAAAUUUGUAUAAACUGUCUUUGAAAAUGCUCUAUGUAGGGGUUUCAUGUCUCAGACACCAAACAUGUGGUAAAGAAAACUUCCAUACUGUAGAGUCUGCCAUGUCAUGCAGGUAUACUGUGGUUAAAGAACAAUAAUUUUCCGGUUACCUCGUUAAAGUACCACUCUUCAACUUGCCAGCUACAUUAGGAAAUGAGAUUGUUGUUCUGUAUAAUCUUACAUUAACACUGUGGUUUCCGUGCCUGAACUUGAUACUGUAUAGUGGUUAUCAGGUGAACAUCAGUAUUACUUCAAAUUUGUAUGUAACUGUGUUACAUAAGCCGUAGAUCUGUUAUUUUUCUGACUCACAUGUUUGUGUGUAAGAAAUGUCUUGUACUGUACAGGUCGUCUCCAUAUAUUUUGUGGCAUGUUACUUGCAUUUAUAUUGCUUUACUGUAGGUGUUUGUAACAAGUGUUUUGUGCUGUCUUUUGAUAAUAUUUGGUGUAUAUGGAUGUACAGUCUUUCUGAAUGCAGACCUCUGCAGCUCUUUGUAUCUAAAAUUGUGAUAAGAUUUCUUAAAAAUUGGUUUUUAUAUGCACUUGUCUAGAAUUGCUUUUGAAUGAUUCUCAACCAAAACAUUAUAUGGAACAGAAACAAUAUAUUUUUUAAUGGCAUGAGUUGUCUUGAAAGAGUGCACAAUGUACUAAUGUCAUAGCUCAGGUUCAUCUGAAUCAAUUUUAUCCACUAUAAGCGAAUGUAGAAAAAGAAAGGAUUAAGGUGGGGUAUUUGUAGUGUGGUGACACGUUAAUUUUUCUUGGGCUUCAAGUCUUCUAAAAUUAUGUCAUCCUUUUGUGUACUGGUAGCCCCCUACCUACUUUAACAUUGGAGGUCCAACCUCCUUUAACUUACUUCAUUUCUGUGCUGAAGGAUCCUGUAGUUCUGUAAGCUAGGAGUGCUGUGUGUAUUUGUAGAUAUUUUUAUGAGAGUUAGUGGAAGUUGUGCUUCUUGAAGGCCAGUACUGGCCAGCCCAUCUAUCUUCAUGAAUUUAACAAAUUUCGUUACACAGAAUGUGGCAGAAGAUACACAAUGCCAUAAUUUGUCUCUUUUUCUUCUUUUUGCAGAUACACUUCAGAAAAAUCAAUAUAGCUGUAUGCCACUGUAAAGAUGGUAUUGCUGUAAUUUUAAGAUAGUGACUGUGACUUAAAGCUACUAAACUACGGUUCACCUAUUCACUUUACUUUGACCAGUGACUUGUCGUAUCACUUCAUUAGCUCCUAAUCAAUGUGCGUUGUUCAUUUCGUAACCCUAUUAACAUGGUGGUUGCCUUAUAUUUUCUUUCUCCCCAUUUAUAACCAUUACAUUACAAAUAGUCUGAAUCACAUGUGCAUUCAGUGACCUGUUGUUGUGAUAAGGAAUAUGUUAACUGCAAAUUUUCCUACAGUUUUGAUUGUAAGAUGGCAAAGUAACGUGGAUUGUAAUACCUGGUUGGUUUAAAAAGUUCGCGUUUAACAAAUAAUGUGUGCUUAUGUGAGAAGAAUCAGCUUCAUUGAAAAAUUAAUUAAAAAAGAGAGUUUUUUUCCACCAAUGUCAAAUGCACAGUGAUGUUAUUAGU